GGAAUUUUUUUGAAAGCGCGCCGUUUCUCGACCAGUUGCAAUGUCAUGCCAGUUCGAUCGGUUACUUGCAAGUUGCUUGUCAGAGCAUCGUGACAUCGGGACAAGUUUUGUUUGUGUACACAGAGUUCUUAUAAAUGCUUGUGACAGAAAAUGAAUGGAUUGACAGUGAAACAAGAGUUAAUUGCUGACGUUUGUUGUCGCGAAUGCGGAGAAGAGUUCCAAGAGGCGGCGGAACUGCAAAACCACCAGGAAAAUGUGCACAAUUUCUACAGAUGCAAAACCUGCGGCAAAGAAGAGACUUCCUUGGCGGAGUUCGAGUUUCAUCUUCAGACUCACGGAGGAUUUAAGCUAUUCAAGUGCUUCACAUGCCAGGAAAUGUUCUCUUUCCUCCACGAGCUCAACAAUCAUCUGCCCACUCACGCGGGUAAGAAGGAAUCAUCGGAGGGCGAGGAAGAAUGCCUCGAGACGCAGAUCGAGUUCGAGGAAGAGAUGAAGACGGAACCUCAAGGAGAAUAUAUCGAGAGAAGAAGUGGACUUAAGGACCAGAAUGCCGAAAAAGAGCCUCUGGAGAUCGUCGAGCCAGGAAAAGCGGCUAAGAAACGAGAUUUCAGCAACGCGCAUGUUCUCAAACGCUCUUGUUCUGAUACUUAUAAGCCCAGAAAAGCGAAAAAGCGAAAAAUGCACAGAUGCGCGCAGUGUUCUUACACCUGUGACCGUAUUAGUAAGUUGAAGCAGCACUUGCAGAAGCACAGCAAUACGUGUCCUUUUGAAUGCGCCAAUUGUGGGAAAACAUAUGGAUAUAAGUCAAGUCUUAAGGUUCAUAUGCAAUCUCACAGCACGGAAAAGAAGCAUAAUCCUUGUCCCGAGUGCGGAAAAGUCUUUCUAACCCCAAUAUGUCUGCAGAGGCAUCUCAAGACACACAAUCCGGAGCGGAAGUUUGUGUGCGACUGGAAAUAUUGUCAAUACGAAACAAAUAUCAAGUGGCGCUUGCAAUGCCAUCGUCGAACUCACACAGGAGAGAAACCGUUCAAAUGUGAGAUCUGUGACGCCAAAUUCAAUUUAAAACGUAUUCUGAAGGAUCAUAUUGGACGCUUUCACGAGCCCUGCACUAUUCCCUGCACACAUUGCAAUAAGAAAUUUUCAACGCAAAGGUUACUGAAGAUACAUUUAAUGCCUCGGAAAUCGACGAUUCAGAAAAAAGCGGCUGAGAAAGAAGAUUUGAGCAUUGCGCAAGUUCCCGAACGCUCUUGUUAUAUUGCUCUUGAGCGAGUGAAAGUGAAAAAGGGAAAAAUUCACAGGUACGCGUAGUGUCCUUAUACCUGUGAUUGUAUUAGUAUGUUAAAGCGGCACUUGCGGAAACAGCAAUACGUGUUUUGAGUGCGCCAUUUGCGGAAACACAUACCGAUAUAAAUCAAAUAUUCGCAUUCAUAUGCAGACACACACCAAGGAAAAAAACCGUAAUCCUUGUAUCAUCUUACGAACAUAGGAUGUUUCCCUGUUCAGUGUGCGGCAAGAAGUUUGGAUUAAAGUACGACCUAAAACGACAUAUGAAAUAUUGUCAUUGAGCCUCUUUAUGCCGUGUCGGAUUUAAAAUAAAUGCAGCAUUUAUC